CAAGCCUUCUUAAACUGUUUUCCUUAUCGCCAGUUACACGUGUGCGCGCACAAACAAAUAUAUAGCUCAAUAUAAGCAAAUCAACUGUCACUGUUCAUUUUGAUUUCUUGACGUUUACACGAUCACUAGAAAUUAGAAAACGUUCAUAAGAAUGAGGGUAAUCGGCAAAGCGAGCGUGUUGCUGCUCUUCGUGGCUUUGUUGGUUGUUAUCGGGGAGUCAGAAGCCUGGUGGGGAGGAAGCCGUCGUAGCAGCAGCAGCAGCAGCAGAGGCAGUAGUACGAACAGUGGGAGUAAUAACGGUUCCGGGGUAAAGAAUAAAGUGAACAAUUUCGUUUCCGGGGCAAAGGAUAAAGCGAGAGAGAUAAAGAAUAAGGCGAGCGAGUACGUCUCCAAAGUAAAGGAUAGGGCACAUGAGGUGAAAAAUAAGGCAAAAGAAUAUGUUUCUACUGCAAAGGAUAAAGCGAAAGAGGUAAAGAAUAAAGCGAGCGAGUACGCCUCCAAAGUAAAAGAUAAGGCGAAGGAAGUAAAAUAUAAGGCCAGCGAUUACGUUUCUGGGUUGAACAACGGAGCGAAAGCUAUGCUCAAGGCAUACAAAGACAUGAAAGAAGCAAACACGAUAGGUGCUGACAAGUAUUUUCACUCAAGGGGAAAUUAUGAUGCCGCACAACAUGGAACUGGCGGACGACAUGCAGCAAGAGUUAUCAGUGAUCUUCGCGAAGUUUACGGUGCCCUCAAGGGUGACAGUAGUGCUGAUAGAGACGCUGAUCAAGAAGCAAACAGACAUGGACGGAACGGAGGAGAUCCGAAUAAAUAUCGCGUCAAAGGAUUGGAUUCAAAAUACAAGAAAUAAAACAUUUCACGAGGAUUUUUUUGCAUGCCACUCACAAUGUUCAGCUUGCAUUUCUGAUUGUGUGCCAUAUCUAUCCAGCUUUGUAAUAUAAGUACCGUCUCUAGUUAUAUUUUUAAUAAACGCUUUUUUCAUAAACUGUUA